AUGGUACCACUGCAAUUAGUUAGCGCCCAGGAUCCUGUUAACUGUGAUAACGGAAGAGGCAACUACACAACCAACAGCACCUAUGACAACAACCUCAACACUGUUUUAUCCAGUUUCUCUACACACACAGAAGUUAACUAUGGUUUCUACAAUCUCUCACACGGCCAAAACGCAGACAAAGUGUACGCGGUCGGGUUGUGCAGAGGAGAUCUAGAGCCAGAUGAUUGCCGAAGACGACUUAAGGAUUCUGCAUUCUAUCUCAAAAAGCAGUGUCCAAACCAAAAAGAAGCAAUUGUGUGGACUGGAGACUGUGGCGUCUGGUACUCCAACCGCUCAAUAUUUGGCAUCAUGGAAACUCAACCUACUAUAUACUUGAUCUACCUAAGAAAUGUAACUGGGUCGGUGAAUGAGUUUGAUCAGGUACUGAGUAACUUGAUGAGAAAUCUGAAAGACAAAGCUGCAUCCGGUGACUCUCGUCGCAAGUACGCCUCAGAUAAGGUGACCACAGGUUAUACGACCUUGUAUGGCCUUGUGCAGUGUAUGGCUGAUUUGACUGGGGUUCAAUGCAAUGACUGCUUGGAGAUCGCUAUCUCUGAAAUCCCAUCAUGUUGUGAGGGUAGGAUGGGGGGAAAUAUUCUUAAACCCAGUUGUCGACUUAGAUUUGAUCCCUACCGUUUCUUCAAUGAAACCACCAUAUUAGAUGACGCUGUUGUGGUUUAACCCCUUCUCCGUCCACGAAAUUCAGCUAAUAGACCAAACCUUAUUACUCAUCCACAUUGGUUUACAUUAUCACUCAUGUUUAAUAGUUACUCUCUUAGUCUCUCAGUACCUUACCAACCUGCACUUUUCAUGGACAAUACAUAGAAGCCUUUAAGACAUGCAAUUGUUGGAAGAUGAUUCAAGGGCAACAAGAUCAAGUGAAUCCACGAGUAAAUCAACUCGAGAAUCUGUAAACGAGGUUUCAAUCACUGAGUUAUCCGCUUGUUAGAUUCUAGUCAUAGGGGUGAUAUAAUAACUUACCAUCAAUGUUUAAAUCACAAUUCCAUGAAGCCUAUUUGUUUACACUUAGACAAAGACUGUAA